AUGGACUGGCAGCAACUCAGACCAAAAAGGUCCUCUCUUUCUGGGAUAUCCCACCCGGGUGCCUCAUACAACUCGUAUCAGCUUUCACCCAACGGAGCUCAGGCUCAGAUGAACCAGCGCCUAAACUAUGGCGCAUUUCCAGGAGAUGAUAAAAGAUUGGGCAGCAACAAGUAUUUCCAAAGUGGACCAGCAUUGGCCAAUAAUGCUAGGGUGUCGUACUACUCCUGCCAGCAUCCUUUAUUCUGUGCUGACUGGAUCUCUGUUGAUCCCUCGAACGACUGGGUGGUGCUAAGUAGUUUUAGAGAGGGUUACCAGAACAGAGUGCAAGUUGUUCACGGACUGAUGUAUACAACAAAAGAAGAGAAUGAAGAAGACGAUAGAGAGGGCUCCUCAGGCAUAGCGUCGCCCACAGGCUCUGAUGAGAGCACUCCCAGUGCAGACGAAAUUCGUGCCAAAGACUCACCUUCGUGCUCUAACGGAGCGUUUGACUGGACAAAUGUUGCUGAAACAGCAGUAGAGUACCCAUUGACUAAUGUUCAGUGGGACCCACAGAUGCACACGAGCACCCACGGAGAGCUCAGGUUGGGCGCCUCCAGCGAGGUUCUCAGAUUGUAUAAAGUAGAUCAAGAUCCAGACAAGUUGAAGCUUGACGGGCUGUUCCCCUUGGUGCAAACACAUCUAUUGGCCAAUAACUCCACCGCCAACACUGGAUCCAAUGGAGACGCCCACGACAUCAACACAUUCCCUCCAGUGACAUCUUUCGACUGGAAUAAAACAGACUCCAGCAUCAUCAUCACAUCGUCUGUGGACACAACAUGCACGGUUUGGGAUUUGAACAGAUCACACUCUAAAGGCAAAGACAAGGAUACCGCCCACGUGAAAACACAGCUCAUUGCCCACGAUCUGGAAGUGUUCGACGUGAAGUUCCUUCAUCAGUCCACUAACAUUUUCGCCAGUGUCAGCAACGACGGUUCCAUGAGAGUGUUUGAUCUUCGCUCCCUCGAACACUCUACAAUCAUAUACGAGCCUACACGAGCCCCUCCGUUGGCGCUGUCGGUGCCCAACACGGCCCAGGCUCAAUACAAUCCGCAGGCGUUGCUCAAACUUUCCACAUCCAACAUUGACCAACAUACUUUGGCUACUGUAGGAGUCAAUCUGAAUCAGGUGCUCAUCAUCGACAUGCGCAUGCCUGGAUUACCCGUGGUGAAGCUUGACUGCUCAUUUGGCGGCAUGAGCCAAGCAGCGGUAAACACAAUUCAGUGGCAUCCUGCAAAAAACUGGCUAGCUACUGCCGGCGACGACUGCCAGGCGCUUGUGUGGGACAUACACCCGCAAAACCCGACAAAGGCUUCUGACGUGGGCAAUGUCAUGGAUACUCCUAUGCUAGCGUACCAGGAUGAGCUAGAGGUGAACAAUGUGUGCUGGAGACAAGACGCUGGCGACUGGCUCGGAGUGAUCAGCGGCAAGGGUUUCCAGGCGUUGCAGGUGUAA